AUGCGCGAACACGCGCGCGAGGUGAUGAAGGAGAUGGAUGGCGUGCGCGAGCGCGCGCGAGGCGCGCGCGAGGCGUUGGAGAGCGAAAAACAUUUAGCGCUCCUGGAUCGAGCCAAUCGUGAGCGCGCGGUGAGCGCUCGCGCGCGGUACGAAAAGCUUACUACGACGCAGAACGAGCGAUUCGAUGAGUACUCAAGGCGCGCUGAGGCGUACGAGCGAGCGCUGAGUCGAUUGCGACUGCGAACGGAGAACGCCGACGUCGUUCGCGACAUCGUUCACGACCGCCUCGCUGACGAAGAACGUGACUUGGACGCGCUUCGCGAGUACGAAGCGGAAGACGACCGCGUUUUGAAGACGCUCGAGGCGGCUUUGAGCAAGGUUUCGCACGAAGUGCAUAAAAGUCAAUCAGACGCCGAGGACGCGGCGUCGACGCGCGCUGCGCUAGCGGGAGAAUUGCAACGCGUUCAAAAGUCGUUAAAAGACGCCCACGCGAGACAGAUUGAGUUGAACGAAGAGCUUGCAAAGGCAAACGUCACGCUGAGCGAUCGGCAAGGAUUGAUCAAGCGGACGAUGCGCGUGAAGGAUCAGACGUCAACGGCGCUCGAGGACAAACAAGCCAACUUGCGCGAGCUCAAGGAAACGGCGAAACGCAUAGAGCUUUUGAAUAAAGCAUCACAGUCGAAAGUCACGGUGAAGGAGCAACUUUUACGCCGUAAAACCGAAAAAUGUCAAGCGCUCAAAUCCGAUCUCACGAGCUCGACGCAGGCUCUCGAGACCGCGACGCACAUGCGGCGCGCGGCGGCUCGCGGAGCCGAAUGCGCGAAAGCACGCCGGUGCGAAGCCGAAGAGACGCUCAAGGCGCACUGUUACGCUCGAGAUGAAAAGUCACGCCAGGUCAACAAGGCACAAAAGACGUUGGACGACGAAUGCGCGGCUUUGAUGACGUCAGAGCGCUGCUUGCGAGAAUUACAAGAAGCCCACGACCAAGAAGAAUCGACGCUGCGGGACGUGCAAACCGCGCUCGAGCGCGAUAAAGAUGAUUUACUCGACGUCUCAAAAACACUGCACGAUCAAAAGAAUUCCCAGUGUCGACUAGAAGUGGAGCUAAAUGGGGCGAUGAUGCAGAGCAAAAACUUGCGCGAAAAGGAGCACGCUUUGCAGGCGAAGAUUCUCAAGCAGCGCGAGUUGAUUUACACCACGUCGUUGCAGCUGCAGCAUCUCGAACGCAAGACGUCGCGAUUGGAAGGCGUACGAUCGAAUGAAGAAAGCGAAAAGCUGGAAGCUCUGAUUGAAUCGUUGAGGCUCGAGCUGGAAGAACGUGAGCGCGAACACGUCGCUCUCGUCGCUGAAACCAAGGAGAACGAGUACAAGGUCGAGCGCACCAGGUUAGAGAUGGACGCGCGAUGCGAGCAGACGUUGAACGCCGCGCACGCGAGAAGCACUCUAGAGGUCGAAGCGGAGGGAAGCGAGAGACACGAGCGAAGCGUACUCGAUGGCAUGGAAUAUUUACAAGUCGAGCUCGACGAGUUACGUUUGCAGCUCGCUCGUCGUCAUCGCGUACUCUUCUUAAGCUCAGGGCAGGCUCAAGAGCUCACCGAUCGCAAGAAGCAGAUAAUCGGUGAGCUUGAGACUCAGUAUGAAUCACUGAGCGACGAACACAGGUCGCUGUUGGCGCAUCUCACGACCCUGCAGCAAGACGCACACGCGGCGAUAAUGGAUUUGAACCAUCGCGAGCAGCGUCUCGACCACUUACGAAGCCGUUACGAUGUCGUUCGAGCGAAGUCGCCGUACGGGGAAGGCGUGGCAAUCGACGAACAAAAAGACAUCUAUGCCAUCAUAGAACGGCAGCGCGAUGAGCUCGUAGUCGAGCGCAAGGAGUUGAGUGGGCUUAUCCAUUCCGCCGAGUGUGAAGUUGAAUCGAUGCGUCAAAUCCUCGAAGACGCCGAACUUUCGAAUUCGAGUCUUCGCGCGAAGCUCGUGCAUCCCACGAAAGAUGUUAAAGGCGCUUCGCGUGAGGAAUGGAUGAAAACCGAGGCAGCGUUGGAGAAACUACAAACCGAGAACGAUGCGUUGGUGCGUAUGCGCGAACGCGCGGCAGAAUUAUCAAACGCUCUCACAAAACUCAAGACGACGCUCGCGAAUGCAGUAGAUGAGCACAAUGCUCUAUCGAAUGAUGUUGAUGCCGCGCAACACACACAUGAUUCCGCGAUGCGGAAGUACAAGUCUCAGAAAUCCAAGCUGCGAAGGUCCAGAACCGCCGCCGAGAGUGCCGUCGCGGCGUACCGCGCCGCGAUCGGGCUUACCUCGGAGGAUCCAGUCACGGUCGCGGAACAGCGCGUUCGCGCGCAACGAUUGAAGGAGUCAAUUCACAAAGCGAACGAGAUCGUGCGCGGAUCUGUGACGUCGCAAGCCCUCAAAACUGUUCCUGAUUCAGACGCUUCAUCCAUCGCGCUCAGCCCGACGAGUUCGCUCACCUCCUUCUUCACCUUCGCAUCGUCCACGACGUGCUCGAGCGUCGCGAGCGUGUCUAGCGUGUCUAGUAGCCCAACGAGCGCGGGUUCGUCCGUCGUCGUCGCUGACGCAUGA